CUCGCUCGGCGCUGCGGCGGCCACCAGCGCAUCCCGGCGCCUCUCGGCGGGCGGCGCCUCCUCUGCGGCAACCGCGCCUCGCUCAUUGCCGCAGCGCACGCCCCGAUAGCUGCUCGCGGCUUGCCGCGGCCGCGCAGCCCUCGCGAGCUGUGGGUUGCGCCCAGCUGCCGGCCGACCCUGCGCGGCUGCGGGUGCUGCGGCGCGCCCUUUGCUCCCGGCGGGUGUGCAGGCGGCAUGGGAUAAGACGCCACCAUGGUGCGCCGAGAUCGCCUCCGCAGGAUGAGGGAGUGGUGGGUCCAGGUGGGGCUGCUGGCUGUACCCCUGCUUGCAGCCUAUCUGCACAUCCCGCCCCCCCAGCUUUCCCCUGCUCUUCACUCAUGGAAGUCGUCAGGCAAAUUUUUUACCUACAAGGGACUGCGCAUCUUCUACCAAGACUCUGUGGGUGUGGUUGGAAGUCCAGAGAUAGUCGUGCUUUUACAUGGUUUUCCAACAUCCAGCUAUGAUUGGUACAAGAUUUGGGAAGGUCUAACCCUGAGAUUUCAUCGAGUGAUUGCCCUUGAUUUCCUAGGCUUUGGCUUCAGUGACAAACCGAGGCCGCAUCACUACUCCAUAUUCGAGCAGGCCAGCAUCGUGGAGGCGCUUUUGCGGCAUCUGGGGCUCCAGAACCGCAGGAUCAACUUGUUGUCUCAUGACUAUGGGGAUAUCGUGGCUCAGGAGUUGCUCUACAGGUUCAAGCAGAAUCGAUCUGGUCGACUUACCAUCAAGAGCCUCUGUCUGUCAAAUGGAGGUAUAUUUCCUGAGACUCACCGUCCUCUCCUUCUCCAAAAGCUUCUCAAAGAUGGAGGCAUGCUGUCACCCAUCCUCACGCGGCUGAUGAAUUUCUUCGUGUUCUCUAGAGGUCUCACCCCAGUCUUUGGGCCAUACACCCGACCCUCUGAGAGUGAGCUGUGGGACAUGUGGGCAGGGAUACGCAACAAUGACGGCAACUUGGUUAUCGACAGUCUGUUGCAGUACAUCAAUCAGAGGAAGAAGUUUAGACGACGCUGGGUGGGAGCUCUGGCCUCUGUAACUAUUCCCAUUCAUUUUAUCUAUGGGCCAUUGGAUCCGGUGAAUCCCUAUCCGGAGUUUUUGGAGCUGUACAGGAAAACGCUGCCGCGGUCCACAGUGUCGAUUCUGGAUGACCACAUUAGCCACUAUCCACAGCUAGAGGAUCCCAUGGGCUUCUUGAAUGCAUAUAUGGGCUUCAUCAACUCCUUCUGAGCUGGAAAGAGUAGCUUCCCUGUAUUACCUCCCCCAUUCCCUUACCUGUUGUGUACUCCACUUAGGAAGAAAUGCCCAAAAGAGGUCCUGGCCACCAGACACUAUUCUCUCACAAAAGUCCACCUGACUCACACUGGUGAACAGCAGGUAGUAAAAAGCCAGCAGAAGCUCUAAGGGUGACCUAAUAGUCCACUUUCUGCUCCUUUGACAUCUGAUCAAGUGUAUGGACCUGCCCUUGUCUUUGUGGUAUUAGGUAAUUCUGAUGAACACCACUACUCACUUUUGUAGAAAGACAGACAGACAGACGUGCUUUUGCAUAAGUCUUUGAAAUGCUUCUGUGGACUUUUCUGAAAUAUUCAGAAAUGCUAAUUUCUGGCCCAACCUGAUUGGAAUUAUAUUUAGUGUAAGAAUGAGAAGAAGGUGUGUCCUUAACCUCUCCUUGAAUGGCUUUAAGGGCAAAUGGUUUUUUAAGUUCUCUAAGCGGCAUGCCUUCAAGUGAGAGUGAGUCUCCCUUGUCAUAACUUUGGGUUUAGUUUCAGCAGCUGCUUCUAAUUGUAGACAUUUUGUUAGAUCGUAGUUUAAGUAAUGCAGUAUUCUAAGUAUACCUUAAGACUAUGAUUUACCUACAUGUAUUAUAUAUACAUUUUUAUAAGGAUACUAAACCAGCAGACAUUUACUCUGGCAGAGCAGUUUAACCUUAUUAAACAUGUUUAGUUUCUGAAUAAAUUGAACUAAAUCCAAACUAUUUACAGAAUUUCCUAAAAUCACAGGACGUUAAGGACCAACAGCAUCUGUGCCAGAGAUUUACUGUUAUUUGCUGCUAGGACUGGUCUUUCCAGCUAAUGACAGUCGGACUCUUCAUACCUCAGUGCUUAGAAAUGUCCCUCCUGAGCUAGAGUGGAGGGGAGGGGAUCGUUGUCCAGUCCAAGUUACCAGGCUGAAUGUAUACUGAUUGCUUAACUUCUCGUUGGUUGUCCCAGAGAGGGUUCCUCAUGUAGCUCAGCCAUUCCUGUACUUUACACACAGGAAAGUUCCAGAAAUUUUAAGAACAAAUUCUGAAAGGCCUAUGAGCAAAUGGUGCUGAAUACUUUUUUUUAAAGCCACAAUUUCAUUGUCUUAGUUAAAAACAGGAUUAUUAAGUAAUUAUUUAAAAUUUUUUUUAUUAGCAACUUCAAGUAUAACAACUGAAUCUGGAAUAAGUGUUUAUUUUCCAUUAAUAAAAAUGAAUUUUGACAAAA